AUGCCCGCGAAUGCCGACAAGUCCAGGCAGACCUCGGCCGGAAAAAGCUUUUUUGGGAGAAAACUGUACAAAGACAAGGCACCGGAUGAUCGCUACGAUGGAUACGGAGGUUCCUAUGACAGUCUGGCCCCGCCGGGAAGCGCCGCCGGCUCUCGCUCGUCUCGAUAUUCCAAGCGCUCUUCAAUCCAGUCUGUUGACAUGACCCACGAUCUCGACCCAAGCAGCCUCGCGCCAACUGCCGGUGUCAUCACUUCCAUCCCUUUCGAAAGUCUUCCCUCCGAUACCAGAACGCCCAUUCCUAUCGACAACAUGGCCCGACCAGAUUCCCGCCAGGAACCCUCACCCAACCAUAUCGGCAAGGCUGGCGGCGAUUAUCAUCAAUACCCCGUAUGGACCUCGACCUCUGCGCCAAAUGGAUCUCCGUCACAUCCCUCCGGUCCCCGCCCGCCUCCACAUGGCACGAACACGACUAUGACAGGCAGUUCGUCAGGCGAGCGCGGGACCAGAUAUCAACAAUGGGGACGCCCGAGCAGCUCGAACGCCAAUAAUGGCAUGGGCCAUAAUUCAUCCAUCGAUUCUUCAUCGAAUUCUCGAACAUCGCUUGACCAGGCUAGCUUAUACUCAUCCCAUUCUUCCAAUACCCGCGGCUCCAACUACUUUUCUACCUCCGAUGGCUCUGGCCGCACGCUCACAGCGUCUACUUCAAGUGAUCGCAACACGAUACUUCCCAGCAGCAGUUCUGGUCGAUUGUCCAAUGCACAAGCUGCAUGGCAAGCUUCGCAACCGCAGAAUGUUCCCGCGGCCGUACCCCGACCACCUGCUGAGUAUCUUACUCGGCCAAGAGAUGACCGUAUAGUGGAUCAGCUAUUCCUGGAACUCAUGAAUAAACGAGGCUGGCAAAAUCUCCCAGAACAGGCCAAACGGCAAAUGCUGUCCUAUCCUGCCUCGAAAAAGUGGACUUUGGUUCACCAGGAUCGAUUGACAGAGCUGCAAGGAGAACAGAAGAGAAGGCAAAAUGCCCGCCAAACCCACGGCCAUGAUGGAUUAUCUGGUCUUCUGGAGCGUGCCGAUGAAGAAGGAAGUCCAGAGUGGUAUGUGAAGAAGGUGAUGGACGACACGAUCACUUCCAAACAGCUCGCUAGUCUGAGUGUCAGUUUGCGUACACAGCCGAUUAGCUGGGUCAAAUCCUUCGUUGAAGCCCAGGGCCAAGUGGCCUUGACAAAUGUUUUGCAAAAAAUCAAUCGACGAAAGCCUUCUGGUCCAGUUCCCGCAACCCCGAUUGGUGAAAAGGAUCUUGAACGAGAAUAUGAUAUCGCCAAAUGUUUGAAGGGUCUCAUGAAUAACAAGUAUGGUGCUGAUGAUGCUCUUGUGCAUCAAGGUGUCCUUGUUGCCCUUGUCAGCUCUCUAUCGUCCCCUCGCCUCCACACUCGGAAGCUUGUCAGCGAAGUUCUCACGUUCCUUUCCCAUUGGGCCGAGGGAGAAGGCCACCAGAAGGUCUUACAGGCUAUGGAUAGAGUCAAGCAUGAUGCCAAUGAGACCGGUCGCUUCGAUGCCUGGAUGCGGAAUGUCGAAGUUACCAUUGAUGGCCGUGGUAAAAUGGGAAGUAUGGUCGGCGCCAGCGAGGAGUACCGCAGUGGAGGUAUUGGCAUGGAGAACCUCUUAAUGGAGUAUGCCGUCUCGACUAUGAUGUUCAUCAAUAUGUUGGUGGAUGGCGCUCAGACUGACCUGCAAUUGCGAUGUCAUAUUCGUGCCCAAUUUACAUCAUGUGGAAUCGUUCGUCUUUUGACGAAGCUGGAGGCAUUCCAAUAUGAGGCGAUUGACAAGCAAAUUGAACGCUUCCGUGACAAUGAGGCUAUCGACUAUGAAGAUCUACUCCAACGGGAGGGCAGCAGUAUGAAGGAUAGCGUCGAGGGCGAGGUCAAGGACAUGAGUGAUCCUCUCCAGAUCGCGGAUGCCAUUGCUACAAAGAUCAAUGGCACUCGGUCCCACGACUACUUUUUGUCAGCUAUGCAGCAUAUGCUUCUUAUUCGUGAGAAUUCCGGUGAAGAAGGCCUACGGAUGUUCCAGCUCGUAGAUGCCAUGAUGAGCUAUGUUGCCAUGGACCGAAGGCUUCCCGAUCUUGACUUACGGCAGGGCUUGAAUUUCACCGUGCAAAGCCUCUUGGAUCGACUCCAUACAGAUGCAGAGGCAAGGCGAGUAUACGAUGAGUCUUUGGAAGUCCGCCAAAUCGCUGAGGCUGCCAUCGCCGAGCGCGAUGAGAUGAAAGCCCAGGUAGAGCUGGGUGCGGAUGGUCUCGUCCGGAAACUACAGAAGCAGAUUGAGGAGCAGGCUGGUAUCAUCGACCUUCAAACACGCCAAAAUGAGUCAAUGAAAGCCGAAGUUGGAGAAGUCCAGCGCCUACGUGCUCAGGAAUUGCAACGCAAUGAAUUGGAGACUCGAGAGCUUUAUCUCAUGCUUCGGGAUGCUCAAGAUAUUGCCGCAUCAAAUGCUCGGAAACUCAAUCAAACAGGCGAAGCGGAUCCAUCGCAAAUGCCCGGCAUUAUGGAUCGGGAGCGCCUUAUGGAACGCUUGGAGCGCCAACUUGAAAGAACCAAGACCCAGUUCAAGCUCGAAGGCAAGGUUUGGGGUCAACUUGAAAAUGGCCCGUCGGACCGAUUGCGUGAACUCCGUGAGCAGAUGGACGGCGAUGGAGAUACCAGCGAGGAGUUUGCUGAGCAAACUCGUCGCACUAUGGACCCCGGAUCCCUGGGAUCUGUGUACCGCAAGCGAAGCCAUGUACCCGAGAUGGAUCAGCUUCCGGAUGGAUCAGUGCCAACGAUCCUGGAGGGUGACGAGGCAACAUAUGAUCAGUCUCAUGGUAUGAUGGGCGUCCAGCAUCGUAUGAACCCUGCACAGGCUACUGGGUUAUUGGGUGAGCUAGCUCUCAAGGUGCCCAGGUACGAUGAAGGCCCCGAGGCAACAAAUGAUGCAGAGGAAGCCCUAGCUGGAGAUAUCACACCAACAGAAGCACCCAGGUCUGAUGCUAAGGCAGAGUCAGACAAACUGGCAAUGCCUCCACCUCCGCCACCACCCCCUCCCCCUGGUGCCGCAGGACUCUCGAUCCCUCCACCUCCACCACCACCAGGAGGCAGUGUUGUGCCACCUCCCCCGCCGCCACCUGGUGGUGCAAAGGGAAUUUCCAUCCCACCUCCGCCUCCUCCCCCCGGUGGUGCCCAGUCCGGACUUCCUCCCCCUCCCCCUCCUCCAGGUGGGUUCUCUGGCGGACCCCCUCCACCUCCUCCUGGAGGGCUUUCUGGUGUUCCUCCUCCGCCUCCCCCAGGAGGAUUCUCUGGUGCACCUCCCCCACCUCCCCCAGGAGGCGCUAUUCGUGGACCCCCUCCCCCACCCCCUCCUGGAGGGGCUGCUGGUGGUCUACCCCCGCCUCCCCCGCCCCCUGGAGGUGGUGGCUUUGCUCCUCCCCCUCCUCCGCCCAAUGCUCCCCUGGGUUCUGGCUGGAGACCACACUACAUGGCUGGAGGCUCUGUUCCUGGUACCACUCACAUGCCAUUUAUUCGUCCUAAGAAGAAACUCAAGGCCUUGCAUUGGGACAAGGUUGAUACUCCUCAAGUGACGGUCUGGGCGGGCCACGCUCCAACAGCGGAAGAUAAAGAAGAGAAAUACACCGACCUUGCUAAGAAGGGUGUAUUGGACGAGGUUGAGCGUCUUUUCAUGGCGAAAGAAACCAAGAUCUUUGGAGCCAGCACCGCAGCUAAGAAACGCAAGGACAAGAAGCAGAUCAUCUCCAAUGACCUGUCCAAGAAUUUCCAGAUUGCUCUUUCAAAGUUUUCCCAAUUUCCUCCCGAUGAAGUGGUUCGCAUGAUCAUCCAUUGUGAUCGAGAGAUGUUGGAUAACUUGGUUGUCAUGGAUUUCUUUCAAAGAGAAGAGAUGUGCAAUAUUCCGGAGAAUGUUUCCAAGCUCAUGGCGCCAUAUAGUCGAGACUGGACUGGCCCGGGUGCUUCUAGCUCUGAGCGUGAACAGGACCCUACCGAGCUUACUCGUGAAGAUCAAAUCUACCUGGCCACAUCCUACGAGCUGAAUCAUUACUGGAAAGCGAGAAUGCGAGCUCUUGCGCUAACUCGGUCAUUUGAACACGAGUAUGAAUACCUUUCGAUUAAGAUGCAGGAUGUUGUCACUGCCAGCGAAUCCUUGCGGGACUCUGUUGCUCUAAUGAACGUUCUUGGUCUCAUCUUGGAUAUUGGAAAUUUCAUGAACGAUGCCAACAAGCAGGCCCAGGGCUUCAAGCUCAGCUCACUUGCUCGAUUGGGCAUGGUCAAGGAUGAUAAGAACGAGACCACGUUUGCCGACCUGGUCGAGCGUAUUGUACGCAACCAGUAUCCCGAGUGGGAGAGCUUCUAUGAAGAUAUCAGUGGUGUGGUUGGCCUGCAGAAAAUCAAUGUGGACCAAUUGUGCACCGAUGCCAAGAAGUACAUCAGCAACAUCAAGAACGUUCAAUCUAGCUUGGAUGCGGGCAACCUGAGUGACUCGAAGAAGUUCCAUCCCCAAGACCGCGUUAGCCAGAUUGUUCAACGAAGCAUGAAGGACGCUCGCCGCAAGGCUGACCAAAUGCAGCUUUACUUGGAUGAAAUGGUCAAGUCCUAUGAUGAUAUCAUGGUGUUCUACGGUGAAGACAAUAGUGAUGAAAAUGCCCGACGAGACUUCUUUGCUAAAUUGGCCUCGUUCUUGCUUGAGUGGAAGAAAUCACGGGAGAAGAACAUUGGUCUCGAAGAAUCUCGGAAGCGUACCGAGGCGUCUCUUGCUCGCAAGCGGAUCAACGUCAACCUUGCCAAUGGCGCCGCCCCCGCAGAGACCCCUAACUCCCCCGCCACAAGUGGCGCGAUGGAUUCAUUACUGGAGAAGCUCCGUGCUGCUGCGCCUCAAGCCAAGGAUCAGCGCGAUCGCCGUCGCCGUCUUCGACUCAAGGAACGUCACCAGGUUCGUGUGGCUUCGGGCACACACGCACCCGACGUAUCUGGUGCCGAUGAAGGCGAUGCAGUCGUGGAUCAAACCGCUGAUGGUGAAGUCAAGACUGACGAGACCGGUCUUUUGAGCCCUCCGAUCCCCGAUGGAGAAGAUGACACUAAGGAGACUCAGAUCUCGGAAGGUGAAGAUGUUGCGGAUCGCGCAGCUAGCAUGCUUAUGGGGUUGAGAAGCAAUUCCGAUGCUAGUGGUGAACGCCAACGACGACGAAGAGAGAGUGCCGACGAAGAGCGGCGUAACCGUCGCAUGCGACGACGCAAUGGAGCCACGACAGGAAGCAAAGAUAGUGCAGAUGGUGGUCUGCAAACGGUCCCCGAACCUUCAUCUCCCUCACAAACUGGUUCCAUCGGCAACGAAGAUGCAUUACCAAGUCCUCCUGCCGACCCACCUUCUAUUGUGAUCUCGGAGCAGCAUGAGCAUGAACCUUCGUCACCAGAAGAACCUCAUGAUUCACCUGAACAUCCGAUUGAAUUAUCGGAUUGA